ACACACACACACACACACACACCCCAGAGUAGGGAAACCGUCAUUUUCCUUCUCGCCCUCUGACAUCAACCACCUUCUCUGUAGCUACAGUUUCUCUGCCCUCAAAUUCAUCCCUGGCAAUGAAAAAUGAGCCUCUCCCCCACCCUUGCUGCUGUCUUUCGCCUCACGCCCCCAGAGAAGAGUUUCUUCGUGUGGCAGCUGGUGAAGGUUUUUUUCCACGUCACAUGAUCCAGGAUGCAGGGGGAGAAUCCUUCUUGGAACAGAGAUGGGCUCAGAACUGAAUCAGAUGAGGAGAGAUAAGGUGUGCUGUGGGAAGACUAUAUAAGAAUGGACCCAGGGCUGCAGCAAGCACUCAACCGAAUGGCCCCUUCUCAAGACACAGCCAUGCAUGUGCCAGCAGGCUCUGUCGCCAGCCACUUGGGAACCACAAGCCGUGGUUAUUUCUACUUCACCACCACGGCGCUGGCUCUGUGUCUCAUCUUUGCUGUGGCAACCAUCAUGAUGUUGGUAGUUCAGAAGACGGACUCCAUUCCCAACCCACCGGGAAAAUUCCCCCUUAAAGGAGGGAAUUGCUCAGAGGACAUCUCAUGUAUACUGGAAAAGGCUCCAUUCAAGAAGUCAUGGGCCUACCUCCAAGUGUCCAAGCAUAUAAACAAAUCCAAGUUAUCUUGGAACAAAGAUGGUAUUGUCCGUGGAGUCAGAUAUCAGGAUGGGAAUCUGGUAAUCCAGUUCCCAGGUUGGUAUGUCAUCAUUUGCCAACUGCAAUUUCUAGUAAAAUGCCCAGAACAUUCUGUUGACCUGAAGUUGGAGCUUCUCAUCAACAAAGAUGUCAAAAAGCAGACGCUGGUUACAGUGUGUGAGUCUGGAGCGCAAACCAAGAACAUAUACCAAAAUCUCUCUCAGUUCUUGCUGGAGCACCUCCAGGUCAACAGCACCAUAUCAGUCAAGGUGGAUAAAUUCCAGUAUGUGGAUACAAACACCUUUCCUCUUGAGAAUGUGUUGUCUAUCUUCUUAUAUAGUAGUUCAGACUGAACCAUUUCUUCUGGCCUUCAGGAAGAAAGCAACUCUCUGCCAUACAGUACUUCAUCCAUCCAAACACUUGGGGAAAAAGAAAACUCUAGACCAAGACUGAAACCACAAUGGGUAUUAAAUAAUAUGCUUCUCCUCUGUCUCUUGGGAAGAUACGGGUCCAGGGUUUAAAAAAAAAAAAAAACAGUUUUGAGUGAAAUGUCUUUCAAAUAGAAGGCAGAGAAGCAAGGCAGUAUGGUGGGAAAAGCCCCACAUGGGUAUCAGAAGGGAUGGAUUUAUCCCCUGGCCCAUCCACUAACUCACUGUACAACCUGGAGCUACUCCUUUCCCCUCCCUGGAACUCUGGAUCCAUAACUAAAAAAAUGAAGGGGCUGGAUUUGAAUCUCUCCAAAAUCUCUUCCAACUCAGAAGACCAGGAUCUUUCACCCCAGAUCUGCCAACUAAGAUUCCAAGUGGUGUUCUAGAAGCCCCCAACCAAAGGAAAGGCCCUCAACUCACUCCAGUGUAAAUCCAAUGAUAUGUUAGGAUCUGGCUGCAUGUCACCUCAACAGAGUCAGAAUUUGGGGAUGAGGUUCAGUGUAAACGGUGGGAUGUGAACUGUGGGUUCUAAAAUGUAUAAAAGAAAGGACUGUCCAACUGAUCAUCCAAAAUCUAAAAAGCCUCCUGGUAUUUGGAAAACCAUCUGACCAGGCUUGACUCCAUUCAAGUUCAGACUGACAAUACAUCAACAACAGACAGCUUUCAUUUCCUGUAGGGAAGGGCUGUGCAUUCAGCAAGCACUCCAUCAGCAUGCUGAUGGUAGUGCAGUGGUCAUGGUAAUGCGGCCAUUUGGUCAGGGAUCAGCUACUUUCAUUUCUCACAUGAUCUCUCUCUGCUCCCUGCUUCAAAUGUCUCUCAGGAAAUCAUUUCUGUGGAGGGUUAUUAAGGCCCCAAAAUGUUGUUGAUAAAUGAUGAUGACCCUGCAAAUGGUGAAGACUUCUGAGCAAUGGAAACCUCCUCUCCUGACUUGGGUAGCCAUGAGAUUUCUCUAGCUACACCAACCUGCCUUGACAUCUGUCCUUUUACAAAGGAGCACCUUACCUGUAUAAAAGGACCAUUGCCCUUGAAGUAUAAAGCUCCAGAGUUUAUACUUCAGAAGCAAAAGGGACCCUCAACUGCCAUGCAGAAGAAGGGAAUAAAAUUUGCAUUUUUUCUCAAAAAAGGAGGAGGGAAAAGAAAAAUGUAGGAAAUCAGGAAGGUUUGUCAGAGAAAGACUAUAAAAAAUUUAAAAGAAGAAAAGAAAAAAAACAGCAGUGUUGGUAUGGAUGAGAAGGACUUGGGAAAAUAAAAUAACGAGGGGAAAAAUUGAAGUCAUUUGCUGAGCAGUGUGCUAUGUCAACCUCCUCCGAGGUCUCCUCUAUGAAAUAUUCAGUAAAGUCUACAUUUCUCCUAA